CGCCACAAAACUGAAUAGGACCACGGAAAAUGCAGCGAAACAAGGAAGCAAGCGAAGAAACGAUCCAAGUCGCCAUGGGAGGCAGCUUCCUCUGACUGUGAUCAAAGAAAAAUCAAGGACGCGGCAUGGAUCAGCCUCCUAUAAGUUGAGCCCAGUGCCGUUCGUUGCGAACCGUGCACAAUCACAGAAGCUUGAUUCGAUCGAAAGCGAUGGCGAUCGGUGCACUGGAGGAGCUGCUCUACGUGCUGGGAGGCCUGGUGGCCCUGUGGUUCGCCUGGCGGGCGCUGGAGUGGGGCUGGCUCAGCCCGCAGAGGCUAGGCCGGGCCCUGAGGGCCCAGGGCCUCCACGGCACCGCAUACCGCUUCCCGGCCGGCGACCUGAAGGAGGAGGCGCGUCUCCGCGCUGCGGAACGAACCAAGCCGAUGCCUCUGUUGUCGCAUGGCAUCAGCGCUCGCGUAGAGCCACUCGUCCACAACACCGUCAAGGAACAUGGUAAAAUCUCGAUGGUAUGGGACGGUCCGACACCGAGAGUGAUCAUCAGUGAUCCCAAGCUGGUCCGGGAAGUCCUAUCGAACAAGUUCGGGCACUUCAGAAAAUCCGAGCUGCCCUCCAACUUCAUCAAGCUGAUCGGCAAGGGGCUGGCGAGCCACGAAGGCGAGAAAUGGGUCUUUCAUCGCAAGAUCAUCAACCAGGCUUUCCAUCUCGAGAAGUUGAAGAAAAUGCUGCCGGCUAUCACUGCCUGCACGAGUGAGCUGAUAGGCAGAUGGGAGGACUCGAUGGGGUCUGGCAAGGCGCAGGAGAUAGAUGUCUGGCCGGAGCUGCGAGACCUUACCGGCGACGCCAUCUCCCGCGCGGCGUUUGGCAGCAGCUUAAGUGAAGGGAGAAGGAUUUUCCGGAUACAAUCGGAGCAAAUUCAGCUAGCAAAUCACAUGACAAACCUGUACAUCCCGGGUUACACCUUCCUACCGACCAAACUCAACAGAAGGAUAAAAGCAAAUGCACGAGAGGUCGAAGCGCUCCUGAAAGGCAUCAUCACCAAGAGGGAGAGGGCCAUGAAGAACGGUCAUGCCGAUGACAGCGACAUGCUAGGCUUGCUAAUGCAGUCCAAUAUCAAAGAGAGCCAGGAAAGUGGAAGCUCCAAACAAAUGAUGACCAUGGACGACAUAAUUGGCGAGCUGAAGCUGUUCUACUUCGCCGGAAUGGAAACGACUUCUGUUCUGCUCACAUGGACAAUGGUGGUGCUGAGCAUGCAUCCCGAGUGGCAGGACCGUGCGAGGGAGGAGGUCCUGCGUGUUUUCGGGAAGAAACAGCCGGAUCUUGACGGUGCAAAUCAGCUGAAAAUCGUGACCACGGUGCUAUACGAGGUUCUUAGGCUGUACCCACCGAUCACAUUGAUUGAACGGCAAACAUACAAGGAGAUGGAGCUGGGAGGGAUCGAGUACCCACCUGGAGUGAAACUCUUGCUACCAAUCGUGACCAUUCACCACGACCCAGAUCUGUGGGGAGAAGACGCCGACGAGUUCAGGCCGGAGAGGUUCGCGGAGGGGAUCUCCAAGGCAUCCAAGGACGCGCCGGCGUUCAUCCCGUUCGGCUGGGGACCACGGAUAUGCAUCGGCCAGAACUUCGCCCUGCUCGAAGCCAAGAUAGCACUGAGCAUGAUCCUGCAACGCUUCUCGUUUGGGCUCUCACCGUCCUACACGCAUGCGCCGUUCCCCGUCUCUACGCUGCAGCCGGAUCACGGGGCAGAGAUUAUGCUCAAGAAACUCUAAUCGUUUUACUUGCAUUGACAUAUAUGAUCAUCGUAUCGUGUGAUAUGGACGUUUAUCGCUCUGCUGGAGAUAAAUAAGACACCAGAGAAUAAUACUA